UUAAGCUGCUGUCGACGAGUUGUGAAAAUGUAACUGAAAAUCACAUUUUAUAAAAUGCUAAUCAAUAUACCCAGCCGCAGCACUUCAGGAUGUGGAAUAUACCAGACAAUGCACCCUGCUCUGCCACCUGACACGACGAAAUGACAAGAGUGAUCCUUAGACUCUUGGCUUCUUAAUCAAAUCCCGGUUUAGCCCAACACCCGUCGCUUUGUUCGAUUUUAAUUGUUACUCUUCAAGGAAGAGGGGUUGGGUAAUCGGCAUGUGUUCUGGCGCUCUAUUUGGUUAACAGAGGUGGUGGUACGAUCCUCCAAAACUUUGGGAAUGACGGAAAAGAGUGGGGGAGGAAGAGGGAGGAGAGAAACUAAUAGAAACUGGAGGAUCUCGCAGAGGCGAAGUGGAGGUCGCGCGAUAUUGCCUUUAGAGGGGUGGAAAUUACAAAAAAAAACUAUAGAACAUCUCAGCGUGGUACUAUUUAUGUACAUGGGUUACUAUUAUUUGUUUUCUUUUUCUUGUUUGUAAUAUUUUCAUUUGCGGCUUUUCGAGACUAUACAUGUUUUUAAUUAGAAGACGACUGAUACGGCUUGAAAAAAACAUUUUCCUAUUGGUAUGUAAGAUGCUGGUUAUAUUAAAAUUAUUCUGAUGGAGGAUAUUAGCUGAUAUUAGUGAAUUUCGUCCUACUUGCUGUCUUUGAAUUGGCACGCAGACAACAAGGGGGAAAAAAAAGAAAAAGAGAGGGGCGCGAGUUGCGGUUGCUAUGGAGAAGCUGCAGCUCGUAGGCCGAACGCAGGCCUAAGCCUCGGACUGGAGUGAUCGGGAGCUGCCGGGAAAAAGAAAAGCAGCUGGAGUCCAUUGGAACAAAAUACCUCGGAACCUUUUCACUGAAGACCAGUGAUCUAAAAGUGGGAAGGAAAGUUGAACAAUGCCUCCAAGACCAUCUUCUGGUGAAUUAUGGGGCAUUCAUUUGAUGCCCCCUAGGAUCUUAGUGGACUGUCUUCUACCUAAUGGAAUGAUAUUGACUUUAGAGUGCCUCCGUGAGGCCACUCUGAUUACUAUUAAGCAUGAACUUUUCAAGGAAGCUAGAAAAUAUCCUCUGUAUCAUCUUCUGCAAGAUGAAAGUUCAUACAUUUUUGUCAGUGUUACACAGGAAGCAGAACGGGAGGAAUUUUUCGAUGAAACAAGGCGGCUAUGUGAUCUUAGACUUUUUCAGGCUUUUUUAAAAGUUAUUGAACCUGUUGGUAACAGGGAAGAAAAGAUUCUUAAUAGGGAAAUAGGUUUUGCCAUUGGUAUGCCUGUUUGUGAGUUUGAUCUUGUAAAAGAUCCAGAAGUACAAGAUUUCAGAAGAAAUAUACUAAACGUUUGUAAGGAAGCAGUGGACCUCAGAGAUGCAAAUGGACCUCAUAGUCGAGCAUUAUAUGUAUAUCCUCCAAAUGUUGAAUCCUCUCCUGAACUUCCAAAGCACAUUUCCAGUAAACUUGACAAAGGGCAAAUAAUUGUUGUAAUCUGGGUGAUAGUUUCCCCAAAUAACGAUAAACAGAAGUACACACUAAAAAUAAAUCAUGACUGUGUACCAGAGCAGGUAAUAGCUGAAGCUAUCAGAAAAAAAACAAGAAGCAUGCUGCUCUCUCCUGAGCAGCUGAAAAUGUGUGUACAGGAAUACCAGGGAAAGUAUAUUCUGAAGGUGUGUGGCUGUGAUGAGUAUUUGCUGGAGAAAUACCCACUAAGUCAAUACAAGUAUGUAAGAAGCUGUAUAAUGCUGGGACGCAUGCCAAAUCUAAUGCUAAUGGCCAAGGAGAGUUUGUAUUCACAGUUGCCAACAGACAAUUUUACCAUGCCUUCGUAUGCACGGCGAAUUUCAACUGCCACACCUUAUAUGAAUGGAGAAGCCUCUAGUAAAUCCUUGUGGUCUGUUACUGACACCUUAAAGAUAAAGAUUUUGUGUGCAACUUAUGUUAAUGUCAACAUUCGGGAUAUUGACAAGAUAUAUGUGCGAACCGGCAUAUAUCAUGGAGGGGAACAACUAUGUGACAAUGUCAACACUCAGCGGGUGCCAUGUUCCAAUCCAAGGUGGAAUGAGUGGCUGACAUAUGAUAUGUUCAUUCCUGAUCUUCCUCGUGCAGCCCGUCUCUGUUUGUCCAUCUGCUCUGUCAAAGGGAGAAAGGGUGCCAAAGAGGAGCACUGCCCUUUGGCCUGGGGAAAUAUAAAUUUGUUUGACUAUACACAUACCCUUGUUUCUGGAAAAAUGGCUCUAAAUUUAUGGUCUGUUCCUCAUGGACUGGAAGACUUACUAAACCCUAUAGGAGUUACUGGUUCAAAUCCAAAUAAGGAAACGCCUUGUUUAGAGAUAGAGUUUGACAAUUUUAGCAGUCUUCUGAAGUUUCCUGAUAUGCCAGCUAUCGAGGAACAUGCCACUUGGACCAUGUCCAGAGAUUUGGGUAUUAAUUACUUUCAGCCUGGCUUAAGUAACCGACUGGUAAGAGAUAAUGAUUUGACAGAAAAUGACCUUGAACAGUUUCGCCUAUUGUGUAACCGAGACCCACUUUCUGAAAUCACUGAACAAGAGAAAGAUUUUUUAUGGCGAAAUAGAGAUUACUGUGUGAAUAUUCCUGAAAUUCUUCCUAAGAUGUUGCUUGCUGUGAAGUGGAACUCCAGAGAUGAAGUGGCACAAAUGUAUUGUCUUUUGAAAGAUUGGCCACCUAUUAAGCCAGAGCAGGCAAUGGAAUUGUUGGACUGUAACUACCCAGAUCCAAUGAUACGUGAUUUUGCUGUAAGGUGUCUUGAGAAAUAUUUAACAGAUGAUAAACUUUCUCAGUAUCUUAUUCAGCUUGUGCAGGUCCUUAAAUAUGAGCAGUAUUUAGAUAACCCGUUGGUGAGAUUUUUGCUGAAGAAAGCCUUGACUAAUCAAAGAAUAGGACAUUUCUUCUUUUGGCAUCUGAAGUCAGAAAUGCACAACAAAACAGUCAGUCAGCGUUUUGGCUUGUUAUUGGAGUCCUACUGUAGAGCGUGCGGGAUGUAUCUCAAACAUCUAAGCAGACAAGUUGAAGCCAUGGAGAAGUUAAUUAACCUCACUGACAUACUUAAACAGGAAAAAAAAGAUGAAGCACAAAAGGUGCAGAUGAAGUUUCUUGUAGAGCAAAUGAGAAGACCAGAUUAUAUGGAUGCCUUGCAAAAUUUUACUUCUCCACUUAAUCCAGCACAUCAGUUGGGGAGUCUAAGGCUUGAAGAAUGUAGAAUAAUGUCAUCUGCAAAAAGGCCCCUAUGGUUGAAUUGGGAGAAUCCAGAUAUUAUGUCUGAGCUCCUUUUUCAAAAUAAUGAGAUCAUCUUUAAACAUGGAGAUGAUCUGAGACAAGAUAUGCUUACUCUUCAAAUCAUAAGAAUAAUGGAGAAUAUGUGGCAGAACCAGGGCCUUGAUUUAAGAAUGCUUCCAUAUGGCUGUUUAUCAAUUGGAGAUUGUGUGGGGCUUAUUGAAGUUGUACGAAGCUCUUACACUAUGAUGCACAUUCAGUGUAAAGGAGGACUCAAAGGAGCUUUACAGUUUAAUAGCCAUACAUUACAUCAGUGGCUAAAAGACAAGAACAAAGGGGAAAUGUAUGAUGCUGCCAUAGACCUUUUUACACGUUCCUGUGCUGGUUAUUGUGUAGCCACGUUUAUCCUUGGAAUUGGAGAUAGACACAAUAGCAACAUCAUGGUAAAGGAUGAUGGACAGUUGUUUCAUAUAGAUUUUGGUCAUUUUUUGGACCAUAAGAAGAAGAAGUUUGGCUACAAGCGUGAACGUGUACCAUUUGUCUUAACUCAGGACUUCUUAAUUGUCAUAAGUAAAGGAGCCCAGGAAUGCACAAAAACAAGAGAGUUUGAAAGGUUUCAAGAAAUGUGCUAUAAAGCUUAUUUAGCAAUUCGACAGCAUGCCAAUCUUUUCAUAAACCUCUUUUCUAUGAUGCUAGGUUCAGGGAUGCCAGAGUUACAGUCUUUUGAUGACAUUGCUUAUAUUAGGAAGACAUUGGCAUUAGAUAAAACAGAACAGGAAGCCCUGGACUAUUUUAUGAAACAGAUGAAUGAUGCUCACCAUGGUGGAUGGACAACAAAAAUGGACUGGAUUUUUCAUACAAUACGACAACAUACAAUGACCUAAAAUACAUUAGUAUAAUUGAAGUGACUGAAUGGAAAGACCAUGUUGUGCAGAGUUGCACUUAACUUCUGAACCACAGAAUGGACAAAGAAAUAUCUAGCAAGCACCUUCACAGCACUGAAAGAUCCAGAUAGACUGGGAGAACAUACUGCCCUCACCCUGGACAAAGCAGAAGCAGGACUUAACAGUAGUGUUGAAGGCUUCACUACUUAGUGAUACUUUUUGCACUUUUGUUUUUGCUUUUCAAUUUCCAUCUUGUAAGAUCCUGGGUUAAUAAGUAUAUUCCUUGGUUUAUGUAUUUGGAAAGCUACUUGCCACAUGUGGUUGGAGGCAGAAAAGUUCUCCUUUACAUCAUGCAAUACGAAGUGUUGCAUUUUGAUUUAUUUAUGAAAUAUAUUUUAAUUUGUUUUAUGAGAACCCCAUGGGUUCUCUUGCUUUGUUUUAUGUUGGAAGGGCUUAAACUAUUUUUAAUCCAUAAAAAAAUGCAGCUAAAAUGGCGUAGUCCCUACAACUGCACUGUUAGUUCUUUAUUGAUUGGUUUAGUACAAUAAGAAGGUCAUGCGUAUUUUACUCCCUGCUGAAAUUUACAUGCUGCAUUAAUGGUUGCACAGAUUUAUAUAUAUAUCAAACCUUAAAAAUAUCCCAGCAUUUGGUCUGCUUUAAUGCUAAACAAAUUCUGGUUGUUUAUGAUUUACAAUUACAGACUGUAUUUCUUGGUUUGAUACACAAUUCUCAGACAGUAUCUGUCAUGUGGGUGGUCUUCAGCAGUGUGGGUAAUCUGUUGUAGUUAGGGAAUUAAUGACACAGUCCAUUACAUCCUUUCCUGCUCCAUUUGUCUGCCGUGUUGCUUUGUAAAUUUGAAGCUGAUAAUUUAUUAAAUCACCAAUAACAAAGUAUUUUUAAGACCCUUUUAGAAAAUGAACGUUUUACUGUAGGCAAAGUGAUACACAUCAGUAUUGAAGAAACUUUUUAUGCAAGUAUAAUCCACAAUACACUAAUGUGUUGUUGUUCUAUACAUUGGCACUUAUUUCAAAACUUCUGUAGUCCAGCAAAUAGAAGUCAGUUCAAUGCCCUUAUUUUAAAAUAAUGCAGAAUAUUUAGCAUUGAGUUAUUAUCUUAAAUAUUUUGAGGUAUGACCCUUAUAGUCUCAUUUCAAAGUAAGACUGUUUUUGUGUAAAUUGCAUAAUACUCUCAUCCUGAUAUUGUUCUAACAGUUUUACACAUUUUUCAUUAGGCACUGUUUGUUUUGACAGCAGCUGUUUACCUAACAUUUCUGUCCACUUUUUUUUAAAAAAAAAAAGCUAAGUACAGAUAUACCAGUUUCUGCCCGCAUCAGUCAGGAAGGCUGAUGUAUGCCUUUCAGUUUUUACUCUAAUAAAAUGCAAUUUCAGGA